AUGAAGGUUUUGGAGAUCAAAGACUUGCGACUAAAGUUGCUGCGCAGGUCAGGUCGCGAAUUGGCAGGAGACAACCCUUACGUGAUUCGUUGCGGACCAUACGAAGAGUUGGUGAUCAGUCAACCGGACCAGAUCCAUGAUUUCUACCAGGGCGAUUACAAACGUCAUGGCAAACCGCAAAACUUCAACUUCGGAGAACUCUUCGGAAGAUUCAUGGGCACGGCCGUUGGACUUCGUUAUGGUGAGGAUUGGCGCAAGAUCCGCAAACACUUUGAUCCUCCUUUUGCCUUUCACGCCGUGGCACAGCGAACCCCGCGCUUCCAAAGAGAGAUUGGCCUCUGGAUUCGUGAGCUGGCUCAAGAUAGUAAGGAGGGUGUCAGUGAUGUUGCCGUCGGGGAGUCUUUCAGAUUCCUUGUGCUUCGUCUUCUUGCGGUUCAUCUCUACCAGGAUGCCUUUGACGAUCGACUUUACUGGCAACUGCUUGAGUUGAGCGAAUCACAUGAUCAUGUGGUGCACGCAUUGAUGACCUGCAAAGGGCACGACUCCAAGAUCUGGAGCAAGUUCCCGACGUCAACCCGCAGACUCCUCGAUAGAUUCCUGAAUGGUUGGAAAGACUUGAAUCGAGAGGUCAUUGGAAAUGCGCGUGAGGGCAAAUGGGAAUGUCCACUUGAAAUUACCGCGCGUGGCUUUGUCGAGUCGGAUGACAUGACUGAAGAAGAGUUCUUGUCCACCCUUGGUGAGAUUCUCUUCGCCAAUGUCGACGUCAGCGCAUCUGUACUCAGUACAACCUUCAGAAACCUUGCCAAAAACACGAAGAUCCAGGACGAACUCCGCGCCGAAAUCACACAGUGCAAGUCUGACGCAGACUUUGACAUGUCCAAAUACCUGACCAACUCGAAAACUCUGCUGCAUCGUGUGACCAUGGAGAGCAUGCGUCUAGCUCCCGCCUUCUGGUUUUCCAUGCCGGAAACAACAGCAGAAGACAAGACAAUCGGUGGCUUCGCCAUCCCAGCCAAUACUACAGUGAUCAUUGACAACCAGCGUUUGAACGAAGGAUCGGUGACCUGGGGCUCAGAUGGCGAUCAAUUCCGACCUGACAGAUUCUUGGAAGUGUCUCCUCAAGCUCAGCGCUGCGGAUUCAUGCGCUUCGGUACCGGUGCAGCAUCUGGACGCUGUUUGGGUAAGAAUGCCGCGGAUGUGGUGUUCAAGCUGACUACAAUUGCGGUGGUCGAGAGAUUUCAAAUGGAGACUUUGAUUCAUGAUGGAAACGACAAGGCGCAAUCGAAGCGUGGCGUACCGGAUGUGCGGUUCAUUGAGAAUUAG